AUGGGUGUGAAGCGCAUGCAGCUUUUCUUCUUUGCAGCCGUAGCCAUGACGCUGGCGUCUUGGCCUGCCGCCACGUCGGCGGGUGGACUUCCCACCACGCCAUACGCAACGCACUUCCACGACUGCUGCAUGGCUGCCUUCAGUUGGCCUGCCAAGGGCGCUGGAGGAAGCGACCCUCGCUAUGCGCCUGUCGACGUCUGCGAGAAGGACGGCAUGACGCUCGUGUCGGAGCAAUCCCGGAUCGGCAACAAGAGCGGCUGUGAGGGAGGCAGUAUGUUCGUCUGUAGCUGCAUGCAGCCCUGGAUCGACACUGUCGACCCGACGCUCGCGUACGGGUUUGCGGCGUACAACAUCCACGACCCCGACGGUACGAUCGAGAGCGCGUGCUACCUGAGCGAGUUCCAGGAGCACGAUGGCAAUGGCAAGCCCAUGUCGAUCCGCAAGAUGAUCCUGCAAAACAUCAACACGAGUCAGGGCAUUCUCAAGGGUAGUUUCGACAUGAUGCUCGCCGGAGGUGGCGUGGGCGAUUACAACAAGGGCUGUGCUGCACAGUGGGGCUCGGAUUGGGGCCAGCGCUAUGGAGGAGUGGACAGCGAACAGGCUUGCUGUAAGCUGCCCGAGGGACUGAGGUCAUCGUGCCUGUUUAGAUUCAAACAUCUGGGUGAGAACCCGCCACUGGCUGGUACGCCGCAGAGGGUCAGAUGCCCGGUGGGGAUUAUUGAUAGGUCGGGAUCGCAGCGCAAGGACGAUGCACAGGUGGCCGUGUACAAGGGCACUACGGAUAAGACGGGUCAGCCGGCUCCGGACAAGUACCAGCGUCAGCGCAGCGUGUGCGCCAACGUCGACCCGCUCGGUAUCGUCAGCUCGACGUGUGGUGGCAGUGAUGGGGGAAGCCGCCUGCCCAAGGGAUAUGCAAAGACGCGUCAGGACUGGGAGGGUCAAUCGCCUGUUGAUGGUCAGCCGCCUGUAGUGCGUCAAUCGCCCGUUGCACGUAAUGCGGGACAUGGCGGACACCACAAGCAUGGAGGCCACCACAAGCACGCCCAGGAUCAGCCCGCCGUCCAACCCGGUGCUCAACCCGGUGCUCAACCCGGUGCUCAACCCGGUGCUCAACCCGGUGCUCCAUCCGAUGCUCAACCCGGUGCCCAACCUGGUGCUCAACCUGGUGCUCAAUCUGGUGCUCAACCCGAUUCUCAAGCUGGUGCCCAGCCCGAUGCCCCGGAGGGAUACUGUCCGACGCCUUGA